CAAGACGAAGGUAGAUGCCUCAGGUGCCAGCCGUGACGGUAUGAAGCCAAACUCGGCACUUAAGGCAAGUGUGUCAACGCCUCCGAGGCCAGUUGUCUUGUCACCCCCGCUCUGGUUAGAAGGAAUAGGCGCUCUCCAAGUGCAAGCCAAGAAGUACCAAAGAGCUGCCGAUGCAAUGAGAAUAUUCACGCUCGCAUUACUUUUUUUAGGCAGCACCACAGCAGGAAGCACACGGAUCCGGCGAGGGUCGUACAGUCUUCCCGACGGCUCGGAAUUCAUCGUGGGCCUGCUAAAGACAUCCUUUCGGUGCCGGGCUAACGGCUACUUCGCCGAUGUCGACAACGACUGCCAAGUUUUCCACGUGUGCCACGAGCAACCAAAUUUCAUGGGGCCUUCCAGAUACCAGUUGUUUAGCUUCAGUCUGCGGAAAUACGACCAUAUUUGAUCAGCUGACGCUGACGUGCAUGUAUCCUGAGGAUGCCAUCCCGUGCGGCACUGCGCCGCUCUUCUACGACGUAAACAGCAAUUUGGGUGACGACAGCGCCUACUUCUUGACUGACGAUGACAUAGUUGAUAGAGGAGCACAUCGUUCUCACGGCUCUUUGGAGCACGUCCCGUUACCGCCCCC